AUGGCUCCGGGAUAUGGCUCCAAUGGAUUGAGAGGCAAGAUCCAGAUUUCUUUCAAGAGGUACCAAAUCACCGAGAACGCGAUUCAGACGGUUUCCUUUCCAGUCGCUCAGGGUAUCACUGUCCGAACCAUCACCGACAAAAUCAGCAUGAACAAGAGGCAGAAAUACACCUUCACAGAGAUGGAGGGUUGCCGGUUCUGGAUCUACACGGUGAUCUCGGAUUUUGAGAGUGGUGGUAUGAUUGACCCUUGUAGUGCAAUGUCCGCCUAG